AAAUCUUAAGUACCCAAAACUUGCAGCUUAUGUUACUAUCUUUGUUUUUCUUCUGCUGGCAUGUGAUCUAAAUAAACACAGAUAUAUACAAUAUUAAGAGAAAUGACCAGCUUGUGCAGCGCUCCUAUAGUGAUUCCAAUGUAAUUAGCCAUUUUUCCCACCCUUUUGCCCACCAGGGCACCACACGGAUCACGUGACUGCAAACUAUUAAUAAUGUGUUAAAAUACCUGCAUGAAAGCAGAGACAAGAUUAUUUGAAUAUCAGAGGGAGGAGCUAUCACGUAAUAGCUACACUUCCUGUUUUGUUUCACGUCAAGGUUGGUAGGAGGAGAAUGAGGGGGAGGGUUUAGUUGCGUCAUGCUGAAACGUUUUCCUGUUCACCCCCCGGUAGACAGUUGAGCACAUGGCUUUGGAUGAUAGCCCACUAGGAUAAAGGAUCUGGAUUUUACACAAUGAAUGUUUGCGUCUGCAUGAUCUUAUUUCCAUCAGAUGAAUAUCACAGGGAGAGCGGUAAAGAGCUGGAAAAUAAAGAGAGAGCUCAGUCUCACUUGCUAAAGGGUGAUGAAACCACAGAAGUCACAUUCAAAAUGAAGUAAUAUUGUGGAGGAUCAGCAGAGGUCAGGUGGCUGCUCCGACAUAAGAUAACAUUUGAAACAAGCUGGCUUUUUGACAACAGUCAACAUCAUUCUCUUCAUCAUGUCGUGGCUCACACACGUGUUGUCCUGCCUGUUUGGCAUUGGCUCCUGGGUGGCCAUUAAUGGGAUGUGGGUAGAGCUUCCUUUAAUAGUGCAUGAGAUUCCUGAGCGCUGGAACCUACCCUCUUACCUCACUAUAAUUAUCCAGAUGGCCAACAUUGGCCCUCUCUUCAUUACACUCAUGCAUGGCUUCAGGCCUGGUGUGCUAGACGAGCGGCCCGUUAUCUACACCAUUGUGUCGGUCGGUGUGGUGGCCACCUUCCUAAUGGCUUUCCUCUGGAAGCACACGCUUACUUUUGGGAAUGGUGAGCACAGUGCUGCCUUACUGUGUCUCAGCUUUCUGUUGUCUGUCGUGGACUGCACCUCAUCAGUCACCUUUUUGCCAUUCAUGAUGCGUUUACAACCUAAAUACCUCACCACUUACUUUAUCGGAGAAGGUCUCAGUGGUCUUGUCCCAGCGCUAGUGGCUCUUUCCCAAGGUGUGGGGGUGGUCCACUGUAAGAAUGCUACUACUAAUGCCACUUCUAGUAUUGGGAACUCAUCCUGGGGUGCUGAUGGAGAAUUACAGGCACAAUAUCAGCCUGCCAACUUUUCUGCACAGGUUUUUUUCCUGUUCCUCAGUGCUAUGAUGAUGGUGUCCCUGGGUGCUUUCCUUUUACUCAACCACCAUCCAGCUGUACCACGGGAACACAAGGGCAAAGAUUACAUCGAUGAUUCUCAAAAGGCAGAGAAGAUUGAUAUGAGCCAAUCCUUGAAGGACGAAACUCCAGAACAGAGGCCUAUGCUGGAUUCCUCUGAAAGCCACGUGAAAAACCAGCACAGCAAAAUUGGGAAAAGGACGUACAGCAGAAUAGAGCUGGUCUUCAUUUUUGUGGUUUUGGCCUGGGUCAAUGCGCUGACCAAUGCUGUCUUACCCUCAGUUCAGUCUUACUCUUGUUUGCCCUAUGGAAAUCAGGCCUAUCACCUUGCGGCCACCUUGUCCGCAGUAGCCAAUCCAGUGGCCUGCUUCAUUGCCAUGUUUGUACCAGUCAGGUCUCUGGUGCUCAUGGGGGUUUUAACAGUGACUGGCACAGGAUUUGGGGCAUAUAUAAUGGCUGUGGCAGCACUUAGCCCUUGCCCUCUACUGAUCCAUCAUGACCUGGGAGCAGCACUCAUUGUCAUAACCUGGGUGGCAUUUGUUCUUACCUUGUCCUACGUGAAGGUCAUUAUUGGGGUGAUCCUGCGAGAUGAAGGCCACAGCGCCCUUGUGUGGUGUGGAGCUGUAGUGCAGCUUGGCUCUAUGUUAGGGGCUCUGUCAAUGUUUCCUUUGGUCAGUGUUUAUGGGCUUUUUAAGUCGGGAGAUCCAUGUAACACCAAAUGCCCUAAAUAAAGGCAAUCAUUAUUUUGAUGGAUUCAGGGUAAAACAAAGAAGAAAAGGGCCGCACUUUGCAUAUAAAACGUAUAUUUAUUGCACAUACGCGUUUCGGUUCCUCAGUGUGCUUCUGGAGGAAGAGGAGGAAGGCGCAAGGCUAAAACGCGUCUGUGCAACAAAUAUACGUUUUAUAUGCAAAGUGCAUCCCUUUUCUUCUUCUUUGAAAUUACUUAUACGUCUGGUCAAGCACUCUUAUAAUAUAUAUAUAAGAAAUUGAGUGAAGCCUGCUCCCACGACACAAUUGUUUCAGGGUAAAACAGUAAUACACAAGAAAUAUGUUAGUAUAAUAAAAAACACAUUAGACUGUUACACAGAUGGAUGAUCAUUUCCAUUAAAAGUGAAGUGGGUCAUUUCUGUGCUAUUAGAGGAAUCAAACAUUUUACACUACCCCAAAUAUCAUAUCUGCCCACUGACUGACAACCACUCAUAACAUUAAUUGAAAGAUUUUAAUUCUCAGCAACAUUUCUCAAAAUUGGUGCUGCUAGUGUUGCUGUUGAAAUUACAUACUCUGGCUUUAAACAUGCUGUUAUUUAUUUUAUACAGCUCCAAUCACAGUUACUGAAUUGUUAUAAAAGACAAGAAAAUGAUUUUGCCUUUUGUCAUGUUGCUUGUUUAUUUACAUUACAGUUACAGUAAACUGUUACAGUUGGCAUUAAUGACCCCUACAGUUACAGUGUAACUGCUAUAAAUUA